GGAAAUAAAGUACACCUUUUACAACAGUCAGCGCCCUUAUACAAAGAAAAUUGUGGUAAAAUAAAAUAAAGUACACCUUUUUCAACAGUCAACGCCCACUACAAAUACCUUGUUAUCCUAAUUUAGAUAUUUAUGUGAGGAACAAAAUGACAUCCAUUCAUGCAAAAUCGCAGGAAGCUAAAAAAAUUUCAAAAUUCAGAAAGAAAAUGAAGUUGACAUCAAUAAAGAGCUAAUAACACAACAUGACGUGGAUGGGUCCUUCGCUCCCACCUGGCCCAUUUAGUGUCAUCCACCUGGCAUCCACACAUUUUAUAUUAUUAUACUACUCCAACGUGACAAAAAACCUGUCACUUUUUCAUUUUUUUUUAUAGCAACAAAAUAAUCUACAAUUGUUUUGACCACAAAUCCACAGUAUUGCUCCCGUUAAAAAAUAAAAAAAUAAAAAAAAAAUAAAAAAUUCUUUGCUGUCAUUAUCAUUUUGGGCCUCUUUUGUCGUAUUUAUAACAUAUCACGUAUGUAACCCGUGUGUCAAUUGUGUUGACCAUUUUCUCUUUUUUCCAUUUCUGCCCCUACAAUACAUAUAUAAGCGCAGUCACUUGAAAAAAUUAAUGAAUUCAGCGCAAAUUUAACAAAAUCAAAAUUGCAAAAAAAAGAGAAAAAAAAAUGGAAGCUACAUCAAAUCAAUACUAUGUGUACAAUGAUAGACCACGAAGUUGGCAGUUGAGUCCAGAGCAAGAGAUGAAUGUCAUGGUUUCGGCUUUGAGGAACGUCAUUGCUGGCGGUCGAGGCGGUAGCGUCGGAGGUAGCGGCAGUCAAAACCCAUCUGAUGAUGGGUCCAGAUUAGUGCUUGAAGCACUUCAACAGAAUCAAAACACCUCCACGUCAUCUCCCUCUGCUUCCGCCACGAGUCUGAAUUUCCCGCCAAAUUCCGAAAAUUCAAAUAAUGGUAGAAAUUCUAGUACCAGUGGCGGCAAUGGAGGACCGAAGCGGCGGAGGAAGUACAAUAGAAACAGGUUUAGAGGUGUACGGCAGAGGCCGUGGGGAAAGUGGGCAGCAGAAAUUCGUGACCCGCACCGGGCGGUUCGAGUCUGGCUAGGAACAUUUGAGACUGCUGAGGAUGCUGCUAGGGAGUAUGAUCGUGCUGCCGUUCGAUUUCGAGGUCCUCGCGCUAAGCUUAACUUUCCACUCACUGAUUACCCCCAAGAGCUUGAAGAACAGCAACAACUUCAUAACAAUAAUCAAGAGGUUAACUAUAACAAUGGUAAUCAACAACAACAAAUGGUUGUUGCAAGUCCUACCAUUCAAGAACCGGAGACGAGUGGUUUCGUGCAGAUUGCCGAUGGUAUGGAAAUUUCCAGUUGGGUGGAUGACAUGAUUGAUAAUAGUCCUCCGUUUGAAUGAUCGACUUUUAAAAUCUACAUUAUUUAUUCUUUGUGGUAAUUAAAUUAAAAAAAAAAGGGGGUGCGACAACAUUUAUCAUAGUUUUAAAAGGGUAGUAUAUUAGGCUAUUAUUCUUUAUUUUUUACUUUUUAUGUAGCUCCAAAAUUCAGGAGUUUCUCUUGUAAGUUCAUGCAUAUGUAGUUAGGGUUGCAUAUAAAAUAUUGUGCUUUCUUAACUUUUAGGGGGUUGGGGGAAAUUUUUAAUUUUUUUUUUUCACCCAAAUCAUGUUUAGAACUAGUUAGUCUCUGUUUUUUAUGUUAGUAAAUUUUAAAUACAUCGAAUGAGUUUAUAGGCAUGGUUUAAAAUUUUAAGGAAUUAGUCAAUUAAGCCAUCGUUUUGUAUAGUAGAGCACGGCACUAUAUAUAUACAUACAUAUAUACAUACAUAUAUAUGUAUAUUUUAUUUAUUUA